AUCCUACACAGAGCAAGGAGGGAAGAGUGUUUUCUUACCUGAGUGCAUAAGUCGGUGUACACUGCCUAGACGCACCUGUGGGCUGUUGUUUUGACUAUUUUCGGUCAGUUUGGGCUUUCUCACCUGUGCGCAGCAGGCUUGGCACUUUUUGGAGGAGGCAGAGGUGUUGUCCACAGCAGACUGUGGAUGAGGACUUACUCCUCGGUUUCUUCAUGGCAAGAAGACUCAAUGAUGUGUGUCUAGCAUGGCUGUGGCUCCUGUACCGACCACCCAGGGACCGGUAUGGCUUUUAGCCGCAUCAGUAAACUGGACCCCCCGUCCCGAGGCAUCUUCAGGAAAGCGGCGGUCAUGCUGUGCUCCCUCCUCACCUCUCUCUUCCUCCUGCACUGCCUCACUGACCGCUGCAUCACCACCUUGCCCGCGCCGGUGAAAGCGUCCUCCAGGCGUGCUGCGGGGCUUUUCGAGGACUUGAGGUCGCGGAGGACUAAAAGACUGGUGUACGAAUGGACCGCCGGGUCGGAGCUUACGGGUUACGGGGCCGCCAGGCGCUCCUCGCGGGUCCUCGCAGAUGAGCGCGCAGGACAGGUUUUGGAGGUGACCGAGGAGUCUCUCAUGUUGCCGCCUCCGGAUUUAGUUGCUUCCAGGAAAGUGUCGCCGAGGUUUGCAGGUAAACUCAGUCCGCUCGGGGAGGGGAGCAAGAAGCUGCCCCAGGCUCUCAUCAUCGGGGUGAAGAAAGGAGGGACACGGGCUCUGCUGGAGUUUCUGAGGGUUCAUCCCGACAUCAGAGCCGUGGGAGCGGAGCCGCACUUCUUCGACCGCAACUAUGAGAACGGACUGGAGUGGUACAGGGAGCUGAUGCCCAAGACGCUGGAGGGUCAGAUCACCAUGGAGAAAACCCCCAGCUACUUUGUGACCAGAGAGGCUCCAGCCAGGAUAUCCGCCAUGUCCCGGGACACCAAGCUGAUUGUGGUAGUGAGGGACCCCGUCACUAGGGCUAUCUCAGACUACACACAGACACUGUCUAAGAAGCCUGACAUUCCCUCUUUUGAGAGCCUCACCUUCAAAAACAGGACUACGGGGCUCAUCGACACCUCUUGGAGCGCCAUCCAGAUCGGCAUCUAUGCCAAGCACCUGGACAACUGGCUGCAGUAUUUCCCCAUGGACCAGAUCCUCUUUGUGAGUGGCGAGCGUCUGAUCAGCGACCCGGCUGGAGAGCUGGGCCGUGUGCAGGACUUCCUGGGGCUCAAGAGGAUCAUCACAGACAAACACUUUUACUUCAACCAGACCAAGGGUUUCCCUUGCCUCAAGAAGGCAGAGGGCAGCAGUAAGCCCCACUGCCUGGGCAAAACCAAAGGGCGGACCCAUCCGAACAUUGACCCUGAGGUGGUGCAGAGGCUACGGGACUUCUACAGGCCCUUCAACAUGAAGUUCUACCAGAUGACAGGGCGUUUUUUUGGCUGGGAUGACUGAAUGUGACACUGAGGAGUAUUAGGACCACUGGAGGAAAUAUUUGAUUUUGCGAAUAAAGUUGUAAUAUUUCAAAAAAAAGUCAUAAUGUUACAAGAAAUAAGUUUAAUGUUACAAAAAAAGUUGAAGAAAAAAUAAUUUAAAAGUCGUACUGAAGUCGAACGAUUUAAAAAUUUUUUUUUUUAUAUUUUGUGAAUAGCCUAAUAAACAAAAAUAUUUAUGGGGAGUCAGGCAAUGCUAAAGCAUCUAAUCUAAUAUAGCUAAUCAAAUCACAACAUUUUGAUUAUUAUAUUCUUGAAACCUAACCCACUUAAAAUUUUGAACUUUAUUCUCAUAAUUUUAUGAUCUUUUCCCAUAAAUUUACAACUUCAUACUUGUCAAAAUAGUGAGUUUUUUUUUAAUAGAGUUUUCUUGUAACAUUUAGACUUUAUUCCGCUAAAAUUACCUAAUUUAAUUGUGUUUGUUUUAAAUAUAAUGUACAUUUAAAUGUUAUGAUUUCAAAGUUAUAAUUUUACAAGAAUGCAGUUAUUGGGUUAUUUUUCAAAUUAUAAAAAACAAUUUUUGCCAAAACAUCUGACAUUUUCUCAAAAUAUUAUGACUUUAUUGUCAGAAUCUUAUAGCAUUCAUAUUACUCUGUCCGCAGCACUAACCCUAAGCAAUAUCUGGCUGUUACAGGACAGACAGAGGCCCAAACUCCCCUCAGUGGCACCAGGAUAUGCAAUAUUUCACUGUUACAUUUUAAUGAUCAUAGCUGCCUCUAAUGCACAAUCAUGGAGUUAUUUUCUUCUAAAACACGUUGAGUUGUUGAAGGAUUUGAGUCAUAUCUGCCUGCACUAUCUGAAGAAACUAUUGGGGGUUUUUUUUUCAGUGGCUGUGACACAGAAAUAUAGUAUGCAGUGCUUCUUCAAGAAGAUGGGUAAAAACACAUUGUGUCCAAGGGCUUUUGUUAAAAGCCAUUACUGUGUGAUUUAAUGCCAUAUUUUAAACAUACAUAGCUGCUUUCAAAUUGUACAAUUUUUCUAGCAGAAAGAAUAUGAAAAGAUAAAAAUCUAUGUAUUUUUGAAAUGUAUUUAUUCUAGAAGUACACAAGUAUGUAUUUUCAAUAACUCCUCAACGAUUAUUUGCUCUCUUAAUAUCAUUAUGCUUCCCAUGCCUUUAGAGUUUUGUUUGUUUUAUACUGAACAUAUUUCAGUGAAACAUGUUGUCCUCAUUUUAAUUUCAGGUCAUCCAUUUUCAAUACGUCAUUACUAUACGUGGAUGAGUGGGAACACUUGUCUCCACUUAGCUUUCAGUUCUAGAGCUGCAAGUUUGCUAUUUCAAGGGUCGUCCACCUUCAGUUAAUGAAGUUACAGGCAAAGAUUGAACUCACUGUUUUUCAAGCAACAGUGACUCUGGUGGAAGGAAAAGACCUCCAAAGGGCCUUCCCAAACAUUGACUCAGAUUUCCUCAACAUGCCUCCUUGUGAAUUGAAUACACUUGAUGUCACUGGCCUUCCUUGCCUUGAGGCAGUGUGUGUGUGGAAGUCUUUUUAAACCCAGGGAGCACGAGAACAAUGGGUGAGUUGUGUUCCUAAUUUCUGUCUACUAGUAUUGUGAGCCACUUUCUGAAAGCAGAUGUGCCUCAAAAGACAAAAAAUCAAGUUGUUGUUUUUUUGGUGUGAACAUCAGAAAUUGAUCUAAAAGAAUCAUGUAGAUUAUGCGGGGAUUACGUUACCAAUCUAACUGUGCUGUUUUACUGUUGUGUUCUUAAAGUUGUUGGGAUUUUUAAGGCACUCCUUGAAUAAAAAAUGUUAUAUGUAAAUAUUUUAUUUACACUGGCCUUU